CUUCCUCCUCGAGACGCCAUUGCUGCCGAGGUUGCUUGCCAUUCCCGGCCAUUCCAAUCCACUCCCACCACCAAGCGCGAGCUCGAUUAUUUUUUUAAUCGAUUUUCUCCGAUUUAAUCCGUAGAAAAUUCCCCACUCCUCCUCCUCCUCCACCGCCGCCGCCGACGCCGCACUCCUCACUCCGCAGAAGCAACACCAACGCCGCACUCCAACGCCAACCGCCUCCGCGCGCGGCCCGUCGCCAUCGUCGAGCACCUUCACGCUUCCUCCUCCCCCGCACGGAACGGAGACCCCUAGCGCCGCUAUAAGAGGGAGAGAGGUGGGCGGGACUCAUGGCGCCCGCGGCAGCGUCGCUCACGGCCCCCAACGCACUCGCGGCGACGUCGUUGCCCUUCUUGCACGGAAGGAAGAGCGGCGGCGGCGGCGUGUCCGUGCACGCCGGGGCGCCUUCGCCUUCGCGGGCGGUGGCGGUGGUGGCGCGGAGGUUGUGGGGGAGCGCUAGCAGUAGCAGGAGGAUGGUGGUGGCGGCGGCGACGGCGGCGGAGAUGGCGCCCGCGGCGAGCGGGGAGGAAGGGAAGCCGUUCGUGGAGGAGAUGAGGGCGGUGGCCAUGCGGCUGCACACCAAGGACCAGGCCAAGGAAGGGGAGAAGGAGCCGCAGGCGCCGCCGGUGGCCAGGUGGGAGCCCUCCGUGGACGGCUACCUCCGCUUCCUCGUCGACAGCAAGCUCGUCUUCGAGACGCUCGAGACCAUCGUCGACCGCGCCGCCGUCCCCUGGUAUGCUGAGUUCAGGAAUACUGGGUUGGAGAGAUCAGAACAACUGAAGAAGGAUCUGGAAUGGUUCAAGGAACAGGGUCACACAAUUCCAGAACCAUCUGCUCCCGGCACUACAUAUGCUUCCUAUCUGGAAGAGCUGGCUGAAAAGGACUCCCAAGCUUUUAUCUGCCAUUUCUAUAAUGUGUAUUUUGCUCAUACGGCUGGAGGCCGAAUGAUUGGGAAGAAGGUCUCUGAGAAUAUUCUGAACAAGAAGGAGCUGGAGUUCUACAAAUGGGAGGGCAAUCUGUCCCAGCUGCUGCAGAAUGUCCGCAACAAGCUUAACGAAGUCGCCUCUCUUUAAUUGUUCCAUUUGCUGGCCUUGCAGAGCUGGACCCGGGAGGAGAAGGACCAUUGCCUGGAUGAAACGGAGAAGUCGUUCUCGUAUUCUGGAGAUCUCCUCCGUCACAUAUUCACCUAAGCUUAAUUGAUCACGGUGUCUGCUAUCUAGUCUUGAUAAACGCUGUAAAUACUAAAGUUCACGUCAGUCAGACAGACUGUUACUGGACACUGGGCAGAGGUCAUUUACUUACUCAACCAGUUGGCCUUGCCUCCCAUCAAAUUGCCAAAUUCUAAUAAUCCUUCGGUGUGCCACUUGUCUGUUGCUGUGCUAGCAUCUCCUUGCUAAUUGCCAAAUGGGUAAUUUAACUGAAA